GCCCAACCAUCAACCCCCUCCCGCGACCGUCCCAAGCACGGUUUCCCAAUCGCUUCCGCUCCGCGCCGCGACGACACACGGCUUGCGCGUUUUUUUCCCCGUUACAUCCAACACCGCUUUCGUCUUCAUUUUGAUUUCCCCGUUUUCGUUUUUCGUCCUCAAGCACUGCAGCACAGUCAUCUCAUUUUACCGGCCGGUCGGGAAAAAUAUGCGUACAGUGGAGACGGCGGUGGCAGCGACCACUAUUCCAUCGGCAUUGGAAACGGCGGCAGCGGCGGUGGCUGUAGUAAUAACAUCGUUAUAAUAAUAAUAACAACAUAACGGCCUACCUACCUAUAUCUAAAAUUUAUUAAUAAUUUUCGUUAAUAAUAAAAUCGAAUUAUUUUUUGUUUCUCUUUCGCUUUUGACUCUUCGACAGGUACCGACGACAUUAUAAUACAUCGCGUACUGUUGUAAUAUAAUAAAAUAUUAGGACCGUGGCCGCAGUGCGCGCGAGUGCAGCAGUUGCAGUCGUCACAUAUAGGUAGGUGGCCGCCACCGCAGCUGUAGCGGUGGUCGAUGGCCAAUUUCGGUCGGUUUUACGUGCCGCCGUUCGGGGCCGCCAUGAACGUGGUGUGGGCCGCCGUCAAGGCGUACGUUCCCGAGGACAGCCCGUGUGUGGAAGCCAUCUUGAAACGCCGUGGCGAUCGGGCGGCGGCGGGCGCAGCGUCUGCCGGAACCGGGGCGGCGGACGCCGUGGAUGCCGAGCGGAACCGGUUGCAGGGCGGUGGAAAACCGGAUACGAACCCGUUCCGGACCACGUGCAACUCGGAACUGUCGUCGUACGGCGGCGUGGAGAAACGCGACGGUGGCGUGGACGGCGACGGCGUCACCAAGAGGACGCCGCAAGCGUUCAGCAUGGACGACGGUAGCUUCGAUGAGGACUCGUCGGGCGGCGGAGAGUUCGGUCGCGGCCGGCACAAGAUCGACGAAUGGCAAGCCGCGUGGAACGUCACCAACGCCAUACAGGGGAUGUUUGUGGUGUCGUUGCCGUUCGCCGUGCUGCGUGGCGGUUACUGGGCGAUCGUGGCCAUGAUUGGGAUCGCGUACAUUUGCUGCUACACGGGCAAGAUACUGGUGGAGUGCCUGUACGAGCUGGACUUGAACACGGGACAGCGGGUCCGUGUCCGCGACUCGUACGUGUCGAUCGCACGGGAUUGUUUCGGGCCGGUGUGGGGCGCCCGGGCCGUGAACGUGGCCCAGAUGAUCGAGCUGCUGAUGACGUGCAUACUGUACGUGGUGGCGUGCGGCGACCUGAUGGAGGGCACGUUCCCGGACGGCCUGAUCGACACGCGCAGCUGGAUGAUGAUCACGGGCGUGCUGCUCAUACCGCUCGGGUUCCUCAAGCACCUGCACCACGUGUCGUUGCUCAGCUUCUGGUGCACGAUGUCGCACAUAGUCAUCAACAUCAUCAUACUGGGCUACUGCGUGCUGGAGCUGCCCGACUGGGGCUGGAGCAAGGUCAAGUGGACCAUCGACGUGGAGAACUUCCCCAUAUCGCUGGGCAUGAUCGUGUUCAGUUACACUUCACAGAUAUUCCUGCCCACUCUCGAGGGCAAUCUGUCCGACCGAUCGAAGUUCGACUGGAUGCUGGAGUGGAGCCACAUCGCGGCCGCCAUAUUUAAGUCGUUGUUCGGUUACGUGUGCUUCCUGACGUUCCAGAACGACACGCAACAGGUGAUUACCAACAACUUGCACUCGCCGGCGUUCAAGGGCCUGGUCAACGUGUUCCUGGUGGUCAAGGUGCUGCUGUCGUACCCGCUGCCGUACUACGCGGCGUGUGACAUACUCGAGAAGUCCUUUUUUAUCGGGCCGCCGGCCACGCCGUACCCGAGCAUCUGGCACGUGGACGGCGAGCUCAAGGUCUGGGGCCUGGCGUUCCGCGUGGCCAUCAUCCUGUGCACCGUGUUCAUGGCCAUAUCCAUACCGCACUUCGCCAUAUUGAUGGGCUUCAUCGGCAGCUUCACCGGCACCAUGCUGUCCUUCAUAUGGCCUUGCUACUUCCACCUGAAGCUGAAGGGCGACUCGCUCGAGUGGCGCACCAUAAUGUUCAACUGUUUCGUCAUAUUUCUUGGCUGCUUGUUCGGCGUUAUCGGCGUCUACGACUCCGGCACGGCCAUCAUCAAAGCGUUUCAGAUCGGGUUGCCGUUCUGAGCGGUGCGUGGUUCGUCACCCAAGUCCCCGUAGUUUUCCCCAAGUUUUCCCUCUAGAACCUGUUCUCGCCACCCACGUACCCACCACACCGCCCAUUAUACCAGCUACCACUCGUCGUGCGUCCACCAUAAGUCAUAUGAUAUACUAUUAUUAUACCUUUAUCCGCCUCCCACUCCCGAAUUCGAGAUCUAUUUGUUAUUAAAAAGUUAUUAGUGACCAUGUUACAAACAAUGCAUUUUUUUGCAGAUGGUAGACCCGGAUCGAACUUUCAGACAUAAGAAAAAAAAAAUUAUAAUAAUAUAAUGGGGCGUUUGAUUUGGUUCGAAUAUUUGCAGUUAUUUCCAGUUUGAUUACGAAUAGAUUAUGAAUCGAUUAAAAUUCGGAUCCAUUUAAAAACCAUCAGUUCAUAACGUAUAGCAGGUACGUAUCAGUCCAAUCUUCGCUAUUAUAACCGCGGGUGCUGUAAUUUAUUACAUUAUCAUAUCACCAACACUCGUUACGUACCAAUGACAAUAAUAACAACAAUACAGCGAGUGGGUGAACUCUGCAGUGGUCGCGCUGAUUGUCUUCGGACGAUUCGGUUCCGUAGAUGGACUUAUGUUCUAUAUAGUAAUAAUCUAACCUCCCCUCCCCACUUUUCAUGGAUGAUCGUUGGCGAGAAGGCGACGACGAAUACCGUGACUUUACAGCCUUUAGGAUUUUUGGGAUCCGAGUACCCGACAAGUAUAAUAUAUUGUUUAAUAAUUUAUUAUGCUAAUAUUAUUGUUUACUCGCUUAUUCCAUAAAUGCAUCAUUGUUAUUGUAACAACCACGACACUUGCAUGAAUCCAUAUCAUUGUUGUCGUAUUAUGUUUUACAAAAGACAAAUUUUAGCGAAACAUCCGAACUGUAUUGUUACAAUCCCUUUGCCGGCCAGUGUGAUUCAUCAUCUCAGGACACUGCCAAAACGUUUACAAGUUAUGGCACUGCAGUAGACACUAUAAUAGAAGGUAAUAUAGGUAUAUAGGUAAUUAGUUACGCAGUUACCUACUUGCCUAAUUUUUUUUCGAUUUUCAAUUUCUAAUACCGUAAAUGGGUUUUGACUUUUUUCUUCCUCAGGCAGUAAUACACUUAUCAUGUAUAAUUUCGAUAUUAUGCAGUACUUAGUCGUUUUGAAAUCGCAUUCACACAUCCGCACGUUGUUUUUAUUUAUUACUAUUUUGUAUUUAUUAUCAUUAUUGUUGUUAUUGCGGUUUACAAAUUACGAUUAGG